AUGACGGGCUGCGUUAAUGACUGGAAGGUGUAUCUGCGAAAGUGCUAUGAUAAUCUCGUGCCAGGCGGCUGGGUCGAGCUGCAGGAGAUCGACCUUUUCCCCCGUUCUGAUGACGGCACCUUGACGCCCGAGCACCCGCUUUUAAAGUGCUGUCAACUGCUCCUCGAAGCGUCGGAAAUAUUUGGGCGCCCUUAUAUACCUAUCCCACCUCUGGAGGAGCUGUUGACGGAGAUUGGCUUCGUCGAUGUGUCCUUGCGCGUCUUCAAAUGGCCAUCCAACCCGUGGGCCAAGGAUCCAAAGUACAAGGAGCUUGGCGAGCUUCACGGCCAAAAUAUGGCUGAAGGACUCGAAGGCUUCUGCAUGGCACCACUGACGCGCGUCCAUAAAUGGACCCCCGAAGAGGUCAACGUUUUCCUCAUUGACGUGCGGAAGACCAUUAGGGAUAGAAACGUCCAUGCGUACUGGCCUGUGUAA